UUCAUCAACAUAUACUUUGUAAUUGUCAUAUUGAAAGAUACGGAAUGACAAAUGAUAAUAAUCCUUCAAAUUGUGUAAACAAUUCACCAAUAUCUAUUAAACCAUCAAUGGAUAGAUUGCCAAAAUGUUCUAUAACAGAUUUUUAUUACUUGUUGCGUUUAUUUAUAUCUGAAUUAAUUGGUACUGGGACAUUAUGUUUUGUUGCUGUAUUAUAUAGUUUUCCACCAACUACCAAUCCAGUAUCUGAUUGUAUUAUUGUAUUUUUUACAUUUUCUUGGAUUGUAUGGAUAUUUGGACCGAUAAGUGGAGCACAAAUUAAUCCAAUAGUAACUAUUGCAUUCUUUAUUACAAGAAAAAUAACAAUAAUACAUACUAUCCUAUUUAUAAUAUCACAAUUAGUUGGUGCAAUUUUAGGCGCAUUUAUAGCUAGAAGUUUAUUGCCUAAUGAUUUAUCACAAUUAAAUAAAAUUGGUUUAGUUAUGAAAAAUCCAUUAAUAUCACAAGGUAACGCUGUUGGAUUUGAACUUUUUGGUGGAUUUGCAAUUGUAUUAGCUAUUCUAGCUACAACUGAUGAAUUUCGUCCAAAUAUAUGGACAGCUGGAUUAUUUACUAGUUUACCAUUUCAAAUGGGAGUUGUUCAUGCCUUAUUAGUUGGAAUAUUAGCUAGAUAUUCUGGAGCUGGUUUAAAUCCUGCACGGUGUUUGGGUACAGCUGUCGUUGCAAACGACUUCACUGACUUGUGGGUAUAUCUUGUUGGUCCAUUAUGUGGUUCCUUAAUUGCUGUCAUUCUUUAUGAAGUAGUCUUGUCACACGGUGUUUCUUUACAUCGACUAAAAGCUUGGUUGACCAAUCCAAAUUUCGACCGCAAUGUGGAUUAUAGUUCUAGAAAUGAAGUAUUUAGUGAUUAAGAAAGAAUGUAAAAUCAUAUUGUCCACUGAUCAACCAAAAAGAUAUUUGUACAUAAUAAUCGAAACGAUUGUCAUGUAAACACUCACAAACUAAACAAAGUAGUUAUAUUUUACCUUUACCGUUGUCACACAUGCACAGAUAUUAGUUGGUUUCAAAUAAAAGAGAUAAAUA